AUGGGUUCCGACGACCUGAUCGACUUUGAGAUUAUCGAGAACCAAAAAGAAAACAUCCAAUCUCUCCCCAGUGGGCGCUCUGCAAAGGCCCUCGCACAGCUAUUCACACCACCUCUGACGUCUGGUGCCGGUCAAACCCCGUCGCCGUCGCAAACACAAGAUGCAAACAACGCAGCCCGCCUGAAAUUCGAGAAGGAGGUCAUGGCCAUUGACGACUCUGACGACCCGCUCGACGUAUACGACCGCUACGUCAAGUGGACCCUAGACGCAUAUCCCUCCGCACAGAACACGCCACAGUCGCAGCUGUGUCCGUUGCUUGAACGCGCCACAAAGGCGUUCCUCUCGUCGUCGCACUACAAGAACGACCCGCGCUACCUCAAACUCUGGCUGCAAUACAUCCGCUUCUUCUCGGACUCCCCGCGCGAAACAUACGCCUUUCUUGCGCGACACAAUAUCGGCGACGGUCUGGCGCUGUACUAUGAGGAAUUCGCGGCAUGGCUGGAGUCGGCUGGACGCUUCACCCAGGCGGAGGAGGUGUACAACAUGGGCAUCGAGCGUGAGGCUCGUCCAACAGAGCGCUUGAUCCGGAAGUAUGGCGAGUUCCAACAUCGAUUCGAGAGCCGCCCACAGGAGGUUCCGGAGCCUACAAGCCCCGCCUUGCCUGCUGUUCGCCCGGCUUUGGCAGCAAAGGCUGAUCCAUUCGCGUCUGCAUCACCCGUUGCUGCUGAGCCGCAAGUGCAGAGCCGGCCCAAGCCUGCUGGAGGCGCCUCGCGUUCUGGUAAGCCAAAGCUCGCCAUCUUCUCGGACGGCGAUGAGCCUGCAAAGGCUACUUCAAGCGGUAGCUCCCCAGGCUGGGACAAGAUCGAGUCAUUGGCAGACCGAAAGAAGGAGAACACAGUGGAGGCAAGGCCAUGGGCUGGAGAGACAUUGAAGGUGGGAAAGAAGAACACGGGUGUUCCGAAGAUGGCCAUCUUCAAGGAUGAGACCAAAUCCAAUUAUAAUGACGAGAAUCCCAAACCCCACCCGUCGCGUGAACAUCAGCAAGCUGUCAAUCCCAAGACAGGUAGAAUAGAGAUUGUUUUUGUAGACUUGGAAAAGGUAUACCCAAGCCACCACUCGCUCGAGUCGGAAGAGUAUUCAUUUGAGGAGUUGCGAGCUAAACAUAGAGGUUGGUUUGACUAUGAUUGGGCAACUAUCCGUCGUGAAGAGAUGGAGCAGGCCAAGAAGGCAGCAGACGCGGCAGCAGACGCGGCAGCCAAAGCAGCAGCCGAAGCAGCCGCCGCUCUCGAACAACCAAAACCCAAGGCCAUGGCUCUAGCACCCAAACAGAAAUCAGAGCAAGCACCCAAACCCAAGACCAUACCACUAAAAGGAAGUCACGACGACGAGAAUGCUGCCAACGACGAGAACAUGCCACCAUCACAGACCGAUAUCGACAAGGCGAGGGCAGCAAAGAGGGCUAGACGAGAGGAGCGUGCCAACCGUACCCGGAAGAUCAAGGUCAUGGACGUCAAAGAGAUCCAUGGCGAAACACAGACGAUUCGAACCAACUUGGACUCUCCUGCGAAGCCGAAGAUUCGAAGGAAGAAGACUGGUCCUGAAACGACUAUGACGCUCCAUACAAAAGAAGCCAUGAAUGAGAUCUACGACAUCUUCAGCCAGCCGCUUAAGAAUCCGGACGAAGAUGUUGCUGGAGAAGGCCAAAGUGAAGAGGUGAGCAGUGACGAUGAUGAUGAAGAUGACUACACAAGCGGAGGCGAGAGCACUGGUACAGGUCGCAUGUCUGGCGCUGCCAGUGAGUUUGGAGACGAGACAACAGCUGGAGACUUCACUCUAGGAACCACAGUCGGCGCAGACUUCACGUUAGGAACUACCAUCGGCGACAACGAAGAUGACGGUUCCGACGCGGAUGACACUAGAAGCGUCUCGGCCUGGUCUGACUUCACAGAGAGCAGGCCCGCACCUGGCGAUGAACAACGCGAUGAAUCUGACAGUGGAUCGGAGCAUUCUGUAGACGACUCACUCGAAGAAGUAUCGCAUCCAGAGGCGGAAUCGGUGGAAGAGCUCCAAGACGAUGAAGUUACGACGCCCACAUCACCUGGAGGCCAAAACUCGCUACCUACGCGCUUUGUCCCAGUUCCACCAGAAGAUUACAAUCCCUCGAUACGGCCAUAUCGGGAUUCAGUCCAGGCUGCUAACAACCGCCUGCCGUUUAUGACUCCAAUCGUUGAGAAGACAGAAUCAUCAUUGGGUAUCACAACUGCUUACGCACAAAAGGAAUACUUCGCCGCAAAGACACCAUCACGUUCCAGGGGUUCGCCUCAAGCACUCGAAGAAGAUGAUGAUCCUGGUAGUAGUCCUUUCCAUGAUCUGUUUGAGCAAGUUAUUGAUGGAAAAGUUGCGAAACUGACCCUGACGGAAUCGAAACCGCCCUUGGAGGUGGUUGACGAGGAACCGACGCGAAAACCAUUGGCUGCGAAGAUGUCGAUAUUCAAGGAUGCGAAGAUGACCGUCUUCAAGGACACAAAACCUACCGGCCCGAUUAUCAAGGAUGCUCAAUGCAAUCCUGUAGAUGAGUCUAUCCGUAAAGUCAUUCUGCAAGAGAUUCAACCUCCGCUCGACACCUACGACGGCUACUAUGCGGAUACAGAGGAGAGUUAUGGCAAGGGCGCGGAUAUCCGCAAGUACACCAAGGCUAUAUCUAAGAUGGGCAAGAACGCGGGUGACAAGACUUUGACUGGUCUGACUACGCCACCUACACUGGAGUUCACUGGAUCCGAUCGCAUAUACACAGUCAAACGCGAACUUGGUAAAGGUGCAUUCGCACCUGUUUAUCUGGUAGAGAACACGUCUGUUCAAGACGACGACGAAGACGAAGAAAAGCCUUCACAGAUGGGCAAGGGCGAGUUUGGCGUCAAGCGUCAAGCUCUCGAGGCGAUCAAGAUGGAAGAUCCUCCAACACCAUGGGAGUUCUAUAUCAUGCGACAGGCCAGGCGACGUCUCGGUGUCUCUCGAGCAGCUGACUCCAUAGUCCAAGCACAUGAGAUGCAUGUCUUCAAAGACGAGUGUUAUUUGGUGGAGGAAUUCCGAGAUCAAGGCACACUACUUGAUUUGGUGAACAUCGCUCGCGCUGAAAACGGUGUCAUGGACGAGCAGAUGGCUAUGUUUUUCACAAUCGAGCUCUUCCGUACCGUGGAGGCGCUCCACGCCAAGGGUCUGAUACACGGUGAUCUGAAGUCUGACAACAUCCUCGUCCGCUUCGACGCUUUACCAAAGGAAGAGCACUGGGACUCACAGUACAAACGCGAUGGACGAGAUGGCUGGGCCUCCAAAGGCGUCGCCCUCAUCGACUUUGGCCGCGGUAUCGACAUGAAGGCUUUCAAGCCCGACGUGCAGUUCAUCGCCGACUGGCCCACUACAGAGGCCGACUGCGCUGAGAUGCGCGAGCUGCGCCCUUGGACCUUCCAGAUCGACUACCACGGCCUGGCGGGAAUCGUACACAAUCUCCUCUUUGGCAAAUACAUUUCGACCGUCGCCGAGCGCGGCGCUACCCUUGGAGCUGGCGCGACAAAGACUUACAAAAUCAAGGAGAGUCUGAAGAGGUACUGGCAGACUGAGAUCUGGCACGAGUGUUUGGAUUUGUUGUUGAAUCCGUUGAUGCAUCUCGACGGCGAGGAAGCGAGCAAGAUGCCGGUGCUGAAGGGGAUGAAGGCGGUAAGAGAGAAGAUGGAGGUGUAUUUGGAGAGUAACUGUGAGAAGGGAGUCGGGUUGAAGGCGCUUGUCAGGCGGAUGGAAGAGGCUGUGAAGAGGCGAUGA